AUGGAAGUUAUUAAACCCAAAACAAACUAUACUAAAGAUAGUGAGGAAAUAAACCUUUUUUUUGAGAAAUAUCAAGAUGCACAACAGAAUAGCAUGGAAUUAGAAGUGGAAAAUAUGGAUGUUGACGUGGAAACCGUACAUCCUUCAAAAUAUAUUCAAAAGCUUAGGGCAGUAGCGAAUCGAGAGGGUGAUAAAAUUAUUUUUGAGCUGGAUGAUAUUCAAGCAUUUGAAGAUGAUGGAAAUGUUACCAAUGGUUUGGUUCGCAAAAUUAUGACUAACACUUGGCGUUAUAUUGAAUUAAUUUAUCGAAUUUGUGAUAAAUUAAUGCCUGUACCUAUGAACCCCAUUGGUCACAUGGAUGAUGUUUUGGAUGUUAUCAUGCAACAUAGAAAGGAUAAAGAUCAAAGUAGAGUACCCGAAGAUAGAACACGCUUUCCAUCUGCUUUAACGAGAAGAUAUUCACUGUAUUUGAAACCAUUAAACUCUGAAAAAACACUGGCUAUUCGUGAAGUAAAUGGUUCUAACGUAGGUCAUUUGGUAACAGUCAAAGGAAUUAUCACACGAGUCAGUGAUGUUAAACCUUUCUUAUUAGUUGCGGGAUAUUCAUGUGAAAUGUGUGGUGAUGAAGUGUUUCAAGAGGUCACCAAAAAGAAUAUUACACCACUUAUGAUGUGUCCUUCCGAGAAAUGUCAGAAAAAUAAUGUGAAAGGAAAAUUAUAUAUGCAAACUCGAACAUGCAAAUUUGUCCCAUUUCAAGAAGUUAAAAUGCAAGAAUUGGUAAAUAAAAUUUUAUAA